AUGACGAGCCUGUGCAUGCCGCCUCAAUCAGCCAGCAACUAUCAGCACUUCCAGCUGACGAACGGCAACAUCAUGUUGCUCCAGCAUCAGCAGCAACAACAUCACCAGCAGCAGCAGCAACAAGCGGUCGCCGCCUACGCCAAGCAACAUCAGCUGAUUGCCCCCAAACAGCCUUUGGGCAACAGCCAAUUGCAGAACAUGCAGCUUGGCGGCUCCGUUGGACCCAUGAUGCUGCCCAAGAAAAAGUACACCUAUGCGAAUAUGCCCUACGGCGAGCAACUGCCAUCGGUGGCACGUCGCAAUGCCCGUGAGCGCAAUCGCGUCAAGCAGGUGAACAAUGGAUUCGUGAAUCUGCGCCAGCAUCUGCCCCAGACUGUCAUCAAUACCCUGUCAAAUGGUGGACGUGGUGCGAGCAAGAAACUCUCAAAGGUCGACACUCUGCGUAUUGCGGUCGAGUAUAUACGUGGUCUGCAGGACCUGCUGGACGAUGCUCAGCCCGGCCAGUCGCGUCAGCGACAAAUCUACAAUUCGGCGGAUGAGAGCAGCAAUGACGGCAGCUACGAUUACGAUUCACUGAACAGCCCUCAACAGUUCAACGAAGCACAGUCGCACUCCUUCCACUCGUCCUCGCCUACGCCCUCCUACAGCGAUUCCGAUGUCUCCGCCAACUUUGUGAAAAUCGAGCCGCAGGAACGCGAUGCGCAUGCGCAGUUCAAAUUCGAGUCCUUCGACAGCUUCAGCGAUGAGCAGCCUGAUGAUGAGGAGCUGCUCGACUAUAUCUCAUCGUGGCAGGAGCAAUGA